AUGGUUGGCUCUGGGGCUUUCCAACCCCAAAGCUUCGGGCUCCUCUUUUCCCUGGCGCCACACCACCACUUGCUGUUGCUGUAUUUAAUUGGGACCCUGGCCAACAAGCUUAACGUGCCACAAGUGUUGCUACCCUUCGGCCGGGAGCCAGGCCGGGUGCCCUUCCUCCUGGAGGCGCAGCGGGGAUGCUACACCUGGCAUUCCACCCAUCAUGAUGCAGUUACUGUCCAACCUUUAUAUGAAAAUGGCACCUUAUGUUCCCAAAGAGCUGUUCUCAUUGCUGAAUCUACCCAGCCAAUACGCCUCAGCAGUAUUAUUCUUGCUCGAGAAAUAGUGACUGACCAUGAACUUCGCUGUGAUGUUAAGGUUGAUGUGAUAGAUAGUAUUGAGAUCAUGUCCCGCACCCAAGAGCUCUAUGUUGAUGAUGCACCUCUGGCGCUGAUGGUGCGUGCACUGGAUGCUAAAGGAAAUACUUUUAGCAGCUUGGCAGGGAUGGUGUUUGAGUGGAGCAUUGCCCAGGAUAACGACUCAGCAAAAGAAGAACCAUCUAGCAAAAUCAGGAUUCUGAAGUACUCGGAAGCAGAGUAUUCUCCCCCAGUCCAUAUAGCUGAGAUGGAAAAAGAAGAGAAACAAGGGGACAUGAUUUUGGUGUCUGGGAUUAGAACCGGUGCUGCUGUUGUAAAAGUCCAGAUUUAUGAGCUGUUCUAUAAGAAAGUACCAGCGGCAUUGAUACGACUGCUUGUUUUGGAAAAUGUAUUUCUUAUACCAUCCCAUGAUGUUUAUGUCUUAGUAGGAGCCUAUAUUAAAUACCAAGUUGCAAAAAUGGUUCAGGGACGAAUGACAGAGGUGAAAUUUCCCCUGGAACAUUAUACAUUGGAAUUACAAGACCACAGAGAUGUACAUAAUGGUUUUUUUUCUGGGAAAGUAGCUUCACUGGAUGAGAAAACAGCAAUGGUGACUGCUCUCCAACUGGGCCAAACUAAUCUCAUCUUUGUCCAUAAAAAUGUCCAUAUGCGAUCUAUGUCUGGACUCCCAAAUUGCACCAUAUAUGUUGUAGAGCCUGGAUUUUUAGGUUUUACCAUUCAGCCUGGAGGUCGAUGGAGCCUAGAGGUGGGACAGGUAUAUGUUGUCACAGCAGAAGUGUUUGAUAAAAGCAGCACAAAGGUUUAUGUUUCAGAUAAUCUCAAGAUUAAAUUCCAGUUUCUGAAUGAGUACUUUGAAGAGCAACUAAGUACUGCAAAUGGAUCUUACCAUGUGGUAAAAGCUCUGAAAGAUGGUGUUGUGGUGAUCAAAGCAUCCCUGACAUCCAACCUUCAGGAGAGUACCAGUGCUCAGGCUAAAGAAUACCAAAUCAGACAUCAGCAAGAGGUGAAGAUUUAUUUUCCCAUUAAACUUAAACCCAGCUUUCUGGCAUUUCCUCACCAUCCCCUGGGAAUGUUAAAUCGUUACAAAGUACAGGUAGAGGGUGGUAGUGGCAACUUCACCUGGACCUCUUCUAAUGAAACAGUGGCCAUGGUCACCACCAAAGGAGUGGUAAGCGCAGGCCAGGUGAGGGGGAACAGUACCAUCUUGGCACGAGAUGUACAAAAUCCCUCUCGCUAUGGGGAAACUCAGAUGUAUGUCAUGAAACUGAACAAAAUGGAACUACUACCGUUCCAUGCUGAUGUGGCAGUUAGCCAGGUUAUCGAGGUCCCCAUUGCCAUGUAUCACGUAAAUGAGGAGAGCAAAGAGGCUAUCGCAUUCACAGACUGCUCUCAGCUGCCCCUGGAACUCAACUCACACAAACAAGGAGUCUUCACUCUUUUCAAAGAAGGUAUUCAGAGACCUGGACCAAUGCACUGUUCCAGUGUACACAUAGCAGCCGCAGCUCCUGGCCAUGCUGUGGUGACAGUCAGUGUGACUGGAUCUGAAGACCAGGUGGGAAGCAGUGGCACUUUCGCUGCUUAUAAACCACUAAAGGCUCUAAACCCAGUGGAAGUGGCUUUGGUGACAUGGCAGUCUGUAAAGGAAAUGGUAUUUGAAGGGGGCCCUCAUCCAUGGAUCUUGGAGCCAUCCCAAUUUUUUUUGGAGCUGAGCAUAGAGAAGACAGAGGACAUUAGAAUAACAGAAGUUCAAUUACCUGCUAAGAGAAAACAGAACCAGUACAUCUACCGCGUCCUAUGCCUGAACUUAGGGGAACAAAUUCUUACCUUGCGGAUUGGGAAUCAUCCAGGUGUCCUGAACCCUAGUCCAGCUGUGGAAAUUGUGCAGGUGCGCUACAUAUGUGCCCACCCUGCCAGUAUGUUGGUAACACCAGUAUACAAGGAGCCAGCUGGCACCCAGCCAUGUCCUCUGCAACAGUACAAUAAGCAGCUGAUUCCUGUAUCAAGGCUGAGGGACACAGUCCUGGAACUGGCAGCAUUUGAUCAACAUGGGAGGAAGUUUGAUAAUUUCAGUUCGUUGAUGUUAGAAUGGAAAUCUUCCAAUGAGACACUAGCCCAUUUUGAAGAUUCGAUGUCAAUGGAGAUGGUAGCCAAAGAUGAUGGCAGUGGGCAGACCCAGCUGCAUGGCCAUCAGGUCCUUAAAGUGCAUCAGAUGAAGGGGACCGUGCUCAUUGGAGUCAACUUCUUGGGCUAUUCAGAGAAGGAAAGCUCCAAGGAAAUUUCCAGCUUGCCCACAUCUGCAGCUGUGGAGCUACUCCUGGUGGAUGACGUUACUGUGUUGCCCAAGAAUGCCACUGUCUACAACCACCCCGAUGUGAAGGAAAUAUUUAACCUUGUGGAAGGAUCUGGUUAUUUUUCAGUCCACAGUAGUGAGGAGGAUAUUGUGAUCAUCACUUACAUGGAAGCAGAAAGCACUGUCCAGAUAGUUCCUGUACAUCCUGGAUUUCUAACCUUGGAAGUGUAUGAUCUGUGCUUGGCAUUCUUGGGUCCAGCAACAGCCCAGCUCAGGGUGUCAGACAUACUGGAGGUGGAGCUUGAUCUGAUCGAUAAGGUUGAGAUAGGCAAAACUGUGUUAGUGGUUGUACGGGUUCUUGGCUCUUCCAAACACCCAUUCCGAAAUAAGUACUUCAGAAACAUGGACCUUAGACUGCAGCUGGCUUCUGCCAUUGUCACCCUGAGAUUAAUGGAGGAUCAGGAUGAAUACUCUGAAAACUACAUGCUUCGUGCUGUCACUGUUGGGGAAACCACACUUGUAGCCACUGCCACAGAUAGUAUGGGAAGAAAAGUGAUGUCAGCUCCUCGGCACAUUGAAGUGUUUCCUCCAUUCAAACUUGCUCCAGAGAAAAUGACACUGAUUGCAACUAACAUGAUGCAGAUAAUGUCUGAAGGUGGCCCUCAGCCCCAGUCUAUCAUUCACUUCUCCAUCAGCAAUCAGACCGUGGCUGUUGUUAACAGGAGGGGACAAGUUACAGGGAAAGUGGCUGGCACAGCUUUAGUCCACGGCACCAUCCAGACAGUAAAUGAAGACACUGGCAAAGUCAUUGUGUUUUCCCAGGAUGAAGUGCAGGUUGAAGUUGUUCAGCUAAGAGCUAUUCGGAUCCUUGUGGCUGCAACUCGACUCAUCACAGCUACUGAGAUGCCAGUUUAUAUCAUGGGCAUGACUAGUACCCAGACUCCUUUUUCCUUCAGCAAUGCCAACCCGAUGCUCACAUUCCAUUGGUCCAUGAGCAAAAGGGAUGUAUUGGAUCUGGUACCCAGGCACUCCGAGGCUUUUCUACAGCUUCCAGUUGAAAAUAACUUUGCCAUGGUUGUCCACACAAAAGCAGCUGGAAGAACCACUAUCAGGGUCACUGUCCGAAGUGAGAACAGUUCCUCUGGGCAGUUUGAGGGGAAUUUGCUGGAACUAUCUGAUGAAGUUCAGAUCCUGGUGUUUGAAAAACUCCAACUUUUCUAUCCAGAUUGCCAACCUGAACAAAUUCUAAUGCCUAUGAAUUCUCAGCUCAAAUUACAUACUAACAGGGAAGGAGCGGCCUUUGUGAGCUCCCGUGUGCUCAAGUGUUUUCCUAAUUCCUCAGUCAUUGAAGAAGAUGGUGAAGGGCUCCUGAAAUCUGGAUCCAUUGCAGGUACUGCUGUGUUGGAAGUCAUUUCUACAGAACCUUUUGGAGUCAACCAAACAACCAUAACUGGAGUCCAGGUAGCACCAGUGACAUACCUUCGAAUGAGCAGCCACCCCAAGCUAUACACAGCCCAAGGACGGACCCUAUCAGCCUUUCCCUUGGGCAUGUCUCUCACCUUUACUGUUCAGUUUUACAAUAACAUUGGCGAGAAAUUCCACACCCAUAAUACUCAACUUUAUAUGGCUCUGAACAGAGAUGACUUGCUGCUUAUCGGACCAGGGAACAGAAACUAUACAUACAUGGCCCAAGCUGUGAACAGAGGGGUAACACUUGUGGGGCUUUGGGACCGAAGACAUCCAGGCAUGGCAGAUUAUAUCCCUGUUGCUGUAGAGUAUGCCAUCGAGCCAGAUACCAAGCUGACCUUUGUUGGAGAUGUCAUCUGCUUCAGCACUCCCCUUGUCAACCAGCAUGGUGAACCUGGAAGAUGGAUGAUUUCUACUAACAGUAUUGUACAGAUAGACACUGUCACUGGAGUAGGAGUGGCCCGGAGACCAGGAACUGCAAUGAUUUUUCAUGACAUCCCUGGAGUAGUGAAAACAUAUCGAGAGGUAGUAGUCAAUGUAUCAUCAAGGUUAGCACUCAGUUAUGACCUCAAGACUUACCUCACCAACACCCCCAGUUCAGCAGUAUUCAAAGUCUUCAUCAGCACUGGCAGAAAUGAUGUCAACCUCAAAGGAUUUUGCACACCAAAUCAGGCUUUGGCCAUUACAAAAGUACUUCUUCCAGAGACUCUCAUGCGGUGCCAUGUACAGUUCAGUAAUACUUUGUUAGAUAUUCCAGCAAGUAAAGUUUUUCAUGUCCAUUCAGAAUUCAGCAUUGAAAAAGGGGUCUAUGUCUGCCUAAUCAAGGUUCGAGAGAAGUCAGAGGAGUUGCACCAAGCCCUCAGCCUGGCUGACACUUCAGUCUAUGGGUGGGCCACCCUGGUCAGUGAACACAGAAAGAAUGGAAUGCAAAGAAUUCUCAUUCCUUUCAUCCCAGCUUUUUAUAUGAACCAGUCAGAAUUGGUUCUCAGGCACAAAGACACCGGGGAGCUCAGAGUCCUGGGAGUGGAUAGAGUUCUUGAGAGCCUAGAGGUCUUCUCCAGCUCCCCAUUUCUAGCAGUGUCCAGCCACAGGCACUCUACCCUCAUGACAGGCCUGAUUAUCUACCUAGUAAGAGCAGUCAACUUCACUGCCUUCCAGCAGAUGGCGUCACCUGUUUUCAUUAAUAUUUCCUGUGCGCUCACCAGUCAAAGUAAGGUUGUGGUAGUCAGAGCUAUGAAGGAUAAACCUGGUACAGAUCACUGUGAAGGUUCAGGUAUCGUCAAACAUUUUGUUGGUUCUUACCAGAGCCUGCUCUUUACUCUCUUCGCUGUGCUGGCAUCAACAGCUUUCAUCUUUCUAGCAUACCAUGCCUUCCUCAACAAGAUACAGGCUAUUCCAAUUGUCUAUGUACCAACUAUAGGAACAUGUCAGACAGGUUAUAGUACAUCUUCUCCCCCUCAGUUCCCAACCACACCACCACUACAGAGCUGGCUACAACACUGGUUAUGGAGCAUAAAGCACUAAUCUAAAGGUGGAAAAGUCUCCCUUAAUUGUAGCAAAGCUACACUACAUCUCCAAAAUAAAGAUUCUGCAAACUAUAAUAAAGGACCUUAGGCUGGUUAAUUUAAAAGUAGUGUGUUCUGGUUGUUCUUGCAUAAGACCCGGGUUCAAAUCCCAGUACCCACAUGGCAGCAAAC